UAGACAUACAUGCCACUGGGCUGCACACAUGCUGACUGCUUGAUUCAGUUCCUUUCCUUCGGGUCUUGCCUUGGGGGAGCCUUCGAAAUUGGAAAGUCAUUUGGAGUUUAUGAUCCAACGACAGCAACCUGGAUCCCAGCCGCCUAUCCGCUCACCCAUGGUGCAUUUGUCCUCAUAAGCGGUCGUAUCGGAGCGGUUUACGGACAUAAGAAAAUCGUGCUCCUCGGAGGAGCCUGGUGGGUUCUCUGGUCGGUGAUUAAUGGCUUCUGCACCCGGAGUCUCGUAACUUUCGCGAUCGCGAGAGCUUUUGCCGGUGUUGGUGCCGCGUUUGUGAUGCCGAAUAUAGUCGCCAUCAUUGGAAUAACUUUCCCUCCUGGCAGGAUGAGGAACUUCGCUCUUGGCUUUUUCGGGUUCGGGUGUCCCAUGGGAGGCGCAGUUGGUGCAUUCUUCAUGGGGGUCUUUAUGGAGUUCGCGGAAUGGAGAUGGUUUUUCUUUUCAAUGUUGGUACUUGGCGGCCAUUGGGCGAUUCUUGGGGCCGGUCUCUUUACAGCUUUGUGGUUGGCAUUACCACGGGAGUCGUCGGUUGAUAAGUCCGGAAACGUGGAUUGGAUUGGAACUUGUUUGGGAAUAUGUGCUCUCAUAUUUCGAGCGCCAGCUUUUGCUCGUGAGCCUAUCAUGCCACUGGGCAUUUGGACGGCUCCAUCCUUCCUCCCGCUGAUUCUGGUCGUUCUUUUCAGCAUCAUAUCUUAUGGCAUUUUUAUCUGGUACUUAGUCGCAUGGCAGCAACUUGUCCGUCACUGGUCGCCUUUCCAUUUUGGAAUUGGCAUCUUGCCUCAUGGACUGGUUGGCGGCCUCUCAGCACCAAUCGCAGCUUGGCUAAUAUCCCGAGUGGCAGCUCAAUGGAUUCUAGGAUUCGGAGCACUUGCAGUCGCUAUUUCUAGCAUCAUUCUGGCGACCAUGCCUCCUCAGCAAACAUAUUGGGCACAAGUAUUUCCAGCGACCAUACUCAUGGCGUUGUGUCCGGAUUUCAUCUACACUGCGGCGCAGAUAAUUGCAACCAACUCAGUCAAGAGGCGUGAGCAGGGGAUCGCUGGAUCUCUAAUCCACGCAAGUCUUGGGUUGGGAUUCGCUGGGACUGUCGAAUCAGAAACGAAUGAGGAUGGGAUGGCAAUUGUUCGUGGAUAUCGCGGCGCUCUAUACCUCGCAAUUGGACUCGCUCUAGCCGCACUCGUCUUGGACAUUCUUUUCGUUCGAGUGCCCAAGGACACACGAGAAGGAUGGGCAGAAGAUGUAAACUUCUCAGUUACCUCUGAACCUACAGACCUCUCAUCACGUGACUGA